AUGGCGGGCGGAGGAAGCGCUUUGAACAAGAUCUUCCCUGGCUAUAAGGACAAGCUGUGGAACAAGAUGCCUCUGAAGUGGCGUUUGAACAAGAUCAAGCUCUGGAACGCGAAAGCUGUGAGCUCAAUGUACGAUACAUGCGUGACCACCAACACGAAGAUUAAAAGUUUCAACAAAUAUGUUUUGGACCCACUGAAGCCAUCGUACCAAUACCGCCAGCCCGGCGUGGACUACAAGAAGCAGCGUGCACGCGGCACACUGGUUGAAGGUGUUGAUUUUUAUUUGCCCACACCACGAGCGCAGCAGCGCCUCGCCAACUUUUUUGAGCCUUACACCGAUGACGAGAACGAAGAACGCUCAAAGUACCGUUACCAGAGCCUGAAGACGUACAUUUAUGUGGCCGUUGGCGCCACUGUAUUGCACAACUGGUACCAGAGCCGCCCGAUAGCCUGGUGCUCAGAUCUGAAUCCUCCGAGGGCGCCCUACUAUCCCUUUUGGUUCAAGGGCCCCUUCCACGGCCACGACAUCGGCAGUGUUCGUCGCGGUUAUGAGGUUUAUCGUCAGGUUUGCGCUACGUGCCACUCUAUGCAAUUUAUGCGAUUCCGUCACCUGGCAAACGAGGUGUACCCGGAACAGCGUGCAAAGGAGAUAGCUGAGGAGUACGAGGUAGAGGACGGUCCUAACGACGAAGGGGAGAUGUUUACACGUCCAGGUGUUCUUACGGACCCCUUCCCGUCGCCAUACCCCAACGCUGAGGCCGCGCGUUACGCUAACGGCGGCGCAAUCCCCCCCGAUCUAUCGUUAAUGGCAUCUGCACGCAAGACAGGACCGGACUACUUGUUCGCGUUGCUAACUGGCUACUGUGAUCCACCAGAGGGCAUCGAAUUGCGCCAGGGUCUGUAUUUCAACAACUAUUUCACCGGCGGUUCAAUUGCUAUGCCGCCUCCCCUGGAGGAUGGUAUGGUCGACUACGAGGACGGUACGCCCGCUACGGUCUCCCAGAUGGCCAAGGACGUUGUCAGCUUCAUUACCUGGGCCAGCGACCCGAUGCACGACGAGCGCAAGAACAUGGGCAUGAAGCUGAUUUUCGGCGCUACUCUGGGCACCAUCGCCAUGUCGCUAUGGUAUCGUUUCUUCUGGGCUUAUUUGGCCACCUCCAGGAUGGACUUCGGCCGCAUAAAGCACAUGAAAUAA